AUGAGUCAAGGUGUUAAUGAAUUACCCCAAGGAGGAACCCCGCAAGGGGACAAUACUCCCGUCGGUCUUUCUAAGACCGUCGCAGGCCCCACGGAUUUUGGGGGGGGCCAAAACCUAAAUUGCUUGGAUAGGGAGCUCAGUAGCUUCGAAAGAAAUGUUGUUGAGCAAGUCGACAUGAUUCCAAAAAUACUAAAAAGCAUGUGGCGUGCCUGCAAGAAGCAAAAGAACAUAAGUAAAGAUGUUCAGGAUGGUAUGGUGGCUAUAGGGAGGGCGCACGAGGUGAUUUGCAGCAACUUGCGUUUUAUCCCUGAGCCGUUUAAAAAUCCUGAGCCUCAUACUCUAAGUAUGGAUACGUCAAACUCGAAUCCUGGUACGCCAAAGAAAGGAACUCAAGAGUUUGUUAAGGGAAGCGAUAUAACUGAUAGAAAACGCGCCAGAGAGAACGAAAGUCCGGAGGCAAGUCUUCAGAAGGAAACUCCAGUGGAAAAGAGGGUUAAGUGCAAGGAAGCUCCAGCGCAAAACCCUAUACUUCCAAAGGGAAGUGAAAAGAUGGCCUCAGGGGAGACUUAUGGUUCAGUCACCUCAAGGAAUGCAUCGGCAGAAUCUGACGAAUUUAAAGGAGUCAGCAGAGGAAACAAAGGACCUCCAAAGAAGAAGCCUGCAGGAAAGAAAAAUGAGCUCCCCAAACAUCAUUUGAAGCUUAGGACAACGGAAGCAAUUAAGAUUUCAGCGAAAGACCCAAAGGCUUACAACGAAAUCCUAAAAAAGGCGUUUGCAGCCGUAAAAUCAGAAGAAUCUGGAAAUGAGGUCUUUCAGAUCAGGAGAACUUUUAAUCAGGAGGUCCUGAUCGUGGUAAAAAAAGGAGGAGAGAUUUUGAAAUUUGCAGGAGCUCUUGCUUCAGUUUUAAAAACUGAAGCCGAGGUUAUGCCUCUUGUGAAUAAAAGAACUCUCGAGAUAAAAGGACUUGACGAGACAGCGACAAGUGAAGACGUUGUUUCUGCCGUGAGGAGAAAGCUGGAAAAGCCUGACCUGGACAUAGAGUGUAGACUUUUGCCACGUUUUAGUGGAACAAAAGUGGCGUUGGUCCGCCUGACUGAAGCGGAGAGCGAUUCUUUGCUAAAAGUGGGCAAAAUAAAAGUAGGAUGGAUAAAUGCUGCAGUCAGAAAGCAUUUAGAGGUAGCAAGAUGCCAAAAGUGUCUUGUUUACGGACACGUAACUCGAAAUUGCAAGGGCCCCGACAGAACUAAAAGCUGUCGGAGAUGCGGCGGUGAGGGUCAUAUCGCAAAGAAUUGCUCUAUCAAACAGCCUAAGUGUUUGACGUGCUCUGACUUGGCUAAGACAGACGUCAACCUGCACACGUGCAGAGAGGCACAGGCCCUUCUGACGCAGACGGCCAGGGAAAAGGGUAUCGACAUUCUGUUCUGCAGCGAGCAAUACAGAAAAAUCGACCUAGGUUCCUGGUAUCAAGAUAAGUCGGGUAGGGCAGCUGUCCAGGUGUGCAAUCCCGAACUGAGGGUUGACAGAUACCUGGAGACGAGCAGUGGAUUUGUCUGGGUGGAAGUUGGAGACAUACGAAUGUAUAGCUGCUACUUUUCGCCUAAUGAUCCACUGACGGACUUCGAAGCCGACAUGGAAGAACUCGAAUCGAGCCUUAGAGAAUCCAGGUUGGAUGUACUUGUCACUGGCGAUUUUAAUGCUAAGUCGCCGGAGUGGGGCGAGUCAAGGUUCGAUAAAAGAGGCAAAGUGAUCGGAGAAAUGGUCUCCAGAAACAGUUUAAUUACUGUGAACCGGGGAGGAGCUUGGACGUUCAGGAGGGGUGCAAUCGGAUCCAUCAUUGAUCUUACGAUAGCAUCAACUCUCUUAUUCAAACGCAUAAGCGACUGGCGAGUCUCUGAGGAGUAUACCGCAAGUGACCAUCAGUAUAUCGAGUUUUCGGUCUCAGUGGGAGACACAGGAGGAGGCAAAAGACAGGAAGUUCCGUGUCGAAAGUGCCCCUCAUGGAAUGUGAAGAAAAUCGAUAAGGAGAAAUUUGUCCGUUCCCUAGAAGAAGCCCGCCUUAUUAAGGAAUCGGGAUGGGUGAAGAGGCCGAAUACCCUGGAUGCCGAGGUGCGAGCGGUAAGGAAAGUCAUCACCACAGCUUGCGAUGCAUCUAUGCCGCGUCGUAAGCGAACCCCUUCACGGAAAAGCUCGGUGCACUGGUGGUCUGAUGCGCUGGCCUCCUUGCUGAAAGCGUGCUUUAAAGCUAGAAGGAAUUAUACCCGUUCUAAGGGAGAUCCUUUGCUAAAGGAAGUAUUUAAGGAGGCCAAGAAAAGCCUGAAAAAAGAGAUUCGAGCGUCACAACGCCGUUGCUGGAAAGACCUAAUUGAUGAUGUCGAGAAGGACCCAUGGGAACAGUGGGUUAGGAAGGACUGGAGUACCUGCGAAGUCGGUGAGGAGGAACUCUUCACUCUUACAGAAUUGAGAAAUGCAGGUUAA